UCUUGUUAGUUAAUUUAGUUGGAAGUACAAUACAAGUUUGCUGCAUCGUAGUUUAUCUAUAUUUCACAACAGAGAAAAGAAAAUAUUCGCGACAAGCGUUUAUUGCAUUUUUUAGUGUUACCGUUCUCAUGGUAUAUUUUAAAUAUUAUGACCUUGCACCAGAUGUACUUAUAAAACAAUUAGGUCUUGCUGCUAGUAGUGUUACCAUAGCGAUGUAUGCAUCACCUUUGGCUCAGUUGAGAGAAGUUAUUAACAGUAAAAGUACAAGAUCAAUGUCGUUUCCGUUGUCAGUGGCAACGUUUAUUGCUGCAUCAUUGUGGACAUUGUAUGGAUUUCUUUUAGAUGAUCUCUAUGUCAUGAUACCAAAUAUUCCCGGCAUGAUGACCAGUAUUAUUCGCUUUUGUCUGUUUUUCAUUUACCGUUCAUCUGAUAAAACAAUUACAUGAAGUAAUGGACAAACAAUGAGUCAAUAGAUACUACUAUCAACUCGUCUGCUGGAUUGAACUAUAUAAUUUAUGCUAGUAUUUACUGGAUUGAUGCCUAUAACCUUAGUUUCAACUACACUUCCUAUUGUCAACAUUUCUUCUAUUUUUCUUCAAUAAUUUAUUUUCAAUUUAGUACAUGUGUCAUGGAUAGUCAUUGUAAUCC